UUUUUUUUUUAAAACUUCUCCAAUUUAUAGUCAUGGCUGACGAAACUACUAUUAAAUCAGAUGAACAACAACAAAACCAAUCGAUCUCAAGUCCAUGUAUGCAAAAAGAAAGUGGAAAUAUAACCUCUCCCUCUGCCUCCGACAACACUACAAUUUUGCCCAACAGCACCGCCGACAAUGAACAAAGAAAAAGUCCCUCCACCUCCACUGUGACUAGUAGUAGUCCCACACAGCCGGCUUUCAACAGUCAAGCAUAUCAUCAGCAAUUACACGAAGCAAUGAUGGCCUUCGACAGUCACGGCAUGUCCCAAAACUUGAUGGCAGCAGCAGCAGCAGCAAUGGCAGCAGCAGUAGGUGUUUCUUCUUCGCCUUCAUCAACACCGGCUCCAACUUUACAACAACAACAACAACAAAAGGACAUUGACGAAGCUAAACGGGAAAGCAUUAGAACUGCGAACAGAGAACGAAAAAAGAAAUGGCGAAUCCACAAUGAAGAAAGAAACAAGGAUAAUGAUCUUAGGUGUCGAGUCAACAAAAGGGCAGGUAAACUUUUUGGAGAAGAAGAUAGUGAAGCCAAACGUCAAUGGGUAGAAGAAGAAUUUGAAAAACGAAGAGAAAAACGACGGGAAAAGGAACGACGCAAAGAUGUAGUCAACAAUGUGCUCAGUGUACCACAUUCAACUAUGCCUCAACAAACUGCAACCGAUGAUCUUGCCCAUUCUUUUGCUGCUUAUCCUGCUGUAUUUGAUGCUUCAAAGAUCUUGGACAUUCCUCCGGAUUUACAGCGUCAUAUAUUGGAACAAUUGAAUCUGGCUCUUACAAAUAGCAAACUACCUACACCUCCUAUGGAUUAUGGUCAGCCUAUGGAAGGUAUGGCUGAAUCUUCCACUUCUCAGUCAUCCGAUUUAUCACAACAAUUACCAACUGAUGGCAAUCAAACAGGUACAGAUGAAGCAACAGCAGCAGCAUCAGCAGCAGCGGCAGCGGCCGAGUUACUAGCAGCUACAGCAUCAACAGCAAUAACAACGUCAGGGAUAUCAGCAGCGUCUACAACAUCUCAGUCAUCACCAACGUCUGUAGCAGCUGUGGAAGCGGAUGAUCAAAAAAUACAGCAAACAUCACCAGUGGAUGAUCCAGAAACUAACAAUACUGAUAAUACCAGCAUCAAGAAAGAGGAUGAAGGUAGCGGUAAACAAUCCUUAGAAUCCAGUGAUGAAAAUGGAACUACAACUAAAGAGGAAAAACCAGUAUCAACGGAACAAGGUGACAACUCUUCUGGCAAAAAACAGGAAUACCCCAUGGAUGCUGUUCUAACAUUGAUGCAAUUGAAUGCUGGUUGGAAAAAAUAGUAGAUGGACUGAUUAAUAUGAAUCCUCCCAUUCAUCCUUGUUCACCAUCAACAACCUUACAUACACAUAUUAUAGUAAUAGAUCCAGUGACAAUAGUUUCCUCUUAUACAUACAAUAGUACUAUUCAUCCACAGCUCCGUUCUGUUAAUUCAUUACAUGUCAAUAAAAAACCGCUUAUGGUCACCCUUUCUUUAUAUACGUAUAUUAUAUGGUACUAUUUCCACGACGACAAUACUUAAUUUAUGCCAGAUGAUAAGAAGCUUUCAAUGGAUGGAAAAAAACUUGUUAAUCAAUGGAAUGGAUUUAACUCAAAGAUAAAUCAAAA